CCCGUGUGGGCGGUGCUGCGGGCGGUGCGGCUGCCGACCCGGCUUUUCCCGCGUGGCGGCGGCCAUUGGCCAGGGCCGGUUCCGAGAUGGCGGCCAGCGCAGUGUCCAACCCGUCCCAGCUCCUGCCGCUCGAACUUGUGGACAAGUGCAUCGGUUCACGUAUUCACAUCGUGAUGAAGAGCGACAAAGAAAUUGUUGGGACACUUCUAGGAUUUGAUGACUUUGUCAAUAUGGUGCUGGAAGAUGUUACGGAAUUUGAGAUCACACCUGAGGGCAGAAGAAUCACAAAGCUGGACCAGAUUCUGCUCAAUGGAAAUAACAUAACUAUGCUGGUUCCUGGAGGAGAAGGACCUGAAGUAUGAAGACAUGAUAUUCAUAUGUACUUUUUAUAUAUAUAUGCAAAAUCUAAAUAGAGAUUUUGGAGUAGAAAUGUUUGGGUAUGGAUUGUUUGCUUUGUUUACACAAUUGACGUACAAAAGACAACUCUUAAGGAAGAGUGCUGGUGGUAAUGUUGUUUUUUUAAGUUGAAAUCAUGACUUUCUUGUAAAGGCAUCUGAAUCUCUUCUGAAUAAAAGGCUUUUUCUUCAUUGGUUA